GUCUUCUACCCCAUCUGGUGCCAAUGCCACCGCCCCAAGCACCUGUCUGCCCUUGUGUGUGCCCUGCUGUGGGCUCUCUCCUGCCUGGUAACAGGACUAAUGUCUUAUUUUUGUGUUCUUGUUGUAAGUGAACACUGUCGGAUGUCACACAUCGCCAUGUAUGUUCUGAAUUUCCUGAUUUUCGCUCCCGUCAUGGUUCUGUCCAACCUGAUCCUGUUCAUUAAGGUCCGACAUAGCUCCCAACAACGUCAGCCUGGAAGGCUCUACGUUGUUAUCUUGCUCACCGUCCUCUUCUUCCUCGUCUUUGCUGUUCCCUUCAGUAUCCAACGCUUUGGCCUGUAUUAUAAUUAUUUUCAUAUCUCCCUUGAGAUAUGUAAUGCACUGGCCUCUGUAAACAGCAGCAUUAACCCAGUUAUAUAUUUUUUAGUUGGGAGCUACAGGAAGUGGCGGUUCAGGGGCUCUGUUAAGGUCGCACUCCAGAGGGUUUUUGAAGAGCAUGCAGAUUCCAGAGAAGAUGGAGAGGCCACCAGGAGAGACUCAAUGGAGGUGGCCAAUUAAAUCAUUACAGCACCCAGCCUCAGAGACCUUAUUGUGGAUGUGGAGCUUUAUUAAUCAGUAUGAAAAUUAGCAGCUUCCUACUUGUUUAAUUUUUCUCUAAUUUUCCAAAUACCAUAUCUGUGUGGCACUUGGUUAUGAUGUUAGGUCUGUCUUGGAAAACUUGUCAGCAUGGUCUCUGGGCCCAUCAUAUAUAUUUUACACAUCUCCCAAGUUAUAUCUCCAGUGAAUGUAUAUGUGUGCAAGGUGACAGUAAAUGAUUUCUGCUUCUGACUACAAACCCAUCUACUAGAAAGAGGGAUUGGGGGAAAAAAGGCAUUUUGACAGGGUGGGCAUGAGAGGAACUAACAUAUUGACAUUAACAUCAAUGGCAACUUUAUUAUAUUUGCCCAAAGCAUAAGAACUAAAGAGAACAAAAUUUAUUCUAAAGCAAGAAGUACAUAUAAAUAACUAUCUAAUUAAACAGCAUACACAUUGCCCAAUUCAGUAUUAAGUAUGAUCAUUAGAAAAUUUAAAUAAGUCCAGCGGGACUCAAAUAAAAGAGCAGUGUGUGAGGGAAAUGCAAUGGCUAGAGAUCACCCAAUAGCUAUAAAUAGGGCCCUACCAAAUUCACAGCUGUGAAAAACACAUCACGGAUGGUGAAAUCUGGUCCUUUGUGUACUUUUACUCUAUACAAUACAGAUUUCAUGAGGGAGAUGAGCAUUUCUCAAACUGGGAGUCCCAAACCAAAAGGCGGUUCUGGGGAGUUGCAAGGUUGUUGAAGGGGGGAACGCAGUAGUACCAUCUUUACUUCUGCAUUGCCUUCAAAGCCGGGCAGCUGGAGAGCAGUGGAUGCUGGAUGGACGCCUAUCUGUGAAGGCAGUGCCAUAUUAAACAGCAGCGCAGAAGUAAAUGUGGCAAUACCAUACCGUGACACCCUUAUUUCUGUACUGCUGCUGACAGUGGUGCUGCUUUCACAGCUCCCUGCAGCUGUGGGAGGUUCCUGAAGGUGGGUCUGACACGGGAGCGGCACUUGCAAGGGAAGAGGAAGUCCUAUCCCUCACCACACUGGCCAGAACCCAGCAGCUGGAGCUUGGCAUAAGGUAGGAGCCCUCGGCCAGGGCACCUCCAGCCCUGCCCCUCCUCGGCUCCAGACCAGCGCCCCGGCACUCGGGAGUUAAAGGCACCUUGGGAUGGCUGGAGGGGGAGGGAACCACGGAACCACCCCUUCAACCACAGUACCCUGGGCGGUCAUCCAUGUCACCCACCCAUAAGGUCAGCCUUGCUCCUCCCCAACAGAAAGCGCCCAGCCAGCAGCUGCUGCUCUCUGGCCACCCAGCUCUGAAGGCAGCACCACCACCAGCAACAGCGCAGAAGCAAGGGUGACAAGAGCAUGAGCCCAGUACAAUCGCUUUGUUACCUCCCCCAUAGCCUCCGUUUGCACUGGGACCCCCACAGUUACACCACCAUGAAAUUUCAAAUUUAAGUAUCUGAAACCAUGAAAUUCAUGAUUUUUUAAAAUUUUGUGACCGUAAAAUUGACAGUGAAUUUGGUAGGGCCCUAGCUAUAAGAAAGGAAACAGAUAUGGAGUCCCAGUCCCACUCCACAGGCAUAUGGCUGAAGUUUAUAUUUCAACCGUUUUCUCUCUUUUGGCCACCUUCUCUAUAUCUUUAAUCAAAGGAUAAAAAGUGUUUUAAUCAGAGGUGCCAACAGUAACUUGAAAUGAAACUGCUGGGCCACAGUCACCUAUGUAAUGUUGUAACAGAGUACAAAGGUAUCGAUAACAUUGUCUCCCUUGUGGGCCCAAGACACCACAGAGUUACCCACACAACAGAUGUUUAGCCAUUUAUCUCAUACUUGGCUAAAGUUCAAGGAAAGGAACUGGGCAGGGUUGGUACUUCCUAUUGUUUCUGGUGUGAAGAGUGAAAGAUACCACAACUGGCGACAAGGCUGGGAGCCUCACCCAGAGAUGCGGUGGGACAGAGAGCCACUGUUAGGCAAGUGAAAGUUAAAUGACAACUGCACCUCUUUCAGAUUUGACAGAGAUGCUACUGCUUAUGGUUUGGGGGCAGUAUUGGCACGAGCACAAAGGAUUUGAGAAGAUGGUAGUUUUGUUCAGCAAAAGUCUAGUUCUUCUGAGAGGGCACCACAUGGAAGGAACUCCUGCCGUGGUUAAAUCUAGAGAAUAUUUUCAUCAGUAUUUGUAUAGGAGGAAUUUUUGGUCGGGACAGACCAUUCUUGCGUGCAAUGGCUCUUUAGAUUCAGGAAUCCUGAUGAACAGCUUGCCAUGGGAUUGGGAAAACUGCAGUGCUGUGAUUUCCCAUUCAUGCACAAGCCUGGCCAUAAGCAUAGCAAUGCAGAUGCCUUGUGUAGAUGGCCUUGUUGGAGAAACUAAAUGCAAACAUUCCCUUAGCAGAAGAGCAAACAAUUGUUAGCUCACAGGGAUGUGUGUACAAGGGAGUAGAUGGUUGCCUCCUCUCAUACAAUAAUUUUCAGAAUUGCGCAAGUUCCCUGUUCAUCCACUGUGUGAGGGAAAAUACGGUGGGCUUACAACUUUGGCCAGGCUUUUAGGCCUAACUUUGGAUAAGCUUGUUUCUAGGCUGUGUGGAACUUUGGUUCAGCUGGUCUCUGUGUAUAAGGGGAAGAGAGGAGGGGGACAGAGUGGUGAAAGAAUGAAGGAAAGUUGCUUCUGUGUGUCUAGAGGUAAAAGGAGUCAGGAAAUACAGGAAAAUAUGGGGAGAAAUUUGAGUAAUUCCUCAAUUUUGCCUGCAAUCAGCAAGGAUAUUUGUAAAGAAUGAUUUUAUUCAAAUGUUUAAAUGUUGUAAUUGCAAGACUUAACCUUAGAUAAGGUCACAGACCCCAUCCCUUGGACAUCGGAGGCUAAUGAGGCUUUCACUCAGGUUAAGCAUGUUCUGGCCCGAGCACCGGCACUGGGCCUCCCUGAUUACAAGAAGCCCUUUACUCUCUAUUGUCAUGAAAAGGAGAGGAUGGCCCUGGGGGUCCUCAUGCAAACCCACAGAAAUAAGCAGAGACUCGUUGCAUAUUUUAGUUCCUCUUUGGACCCAGUAGCUGCUGGCUUCCCUCCUUGCCUUAGGUCUGUGGCUGCUGCAACGGCCCUCAUGGAAUCUUCCACUACCCUUGUGCUGGGUAGCCCCUUGACUGUUGCGGUCCCCCAUGCUGUCACUGCUCUCCUUACUAAGGGGAAAACCCAACAUCUCUCUAACUCCAGGCUCACUAAAUACAAGAUGCUUCUUUUGAAUGUAUCUAAUAUUACCUUAACUAGGUGUCCUGUGCUUAACCCAGCCUCUCUGUUGCCUGCGGGGCGGGGGGUGGUGAUAAACCCCAUGACUGUCUAACAGUAACUGCUGAGCUGUCUUCUCCCAGGCUUGAUUUGCAGGACACUCCACUUCAGAACCCUGAGCUGAUAUUUUAUGUAGAUGGCUCGUGUCUUAGGAACCCCUCAGGCCAGCUUGUAGCAGGCUAUGCAGUUUGUGCCCCCCACGGCCUGGUGGAAGCCUACUGUCUUCCAAAGGCCAGCUCUGCCCAGGUAGCUGAACUGAUCGCCCUUACCAGGGUCUGCUCCAUAGCUGAGGGCAAGUCUGUUACCAUCUAUAUGGAUUCCAGAUGUGCCUUCGAGAUGGUGCAUGAUUAUGGGCAGCUCUAGAAAUAUAGAGGAUUUCUUACCUCUGGAGGAGCACCCAUUAGUCAUGGCCAUUAUGCUAAUGCCCUUUUAUCUUCCUUCAGCUUCUGUCUGCAAUUGUUGUUGUUAAAUGUUCUGCCCAUCAAAAGCCCUGUGAUGAUGUUACGCGCGGAAAUGCCCUGGCAGAUGCUGCUGCCAGGCAAGUGGCCCUUUCCAGGUCCCCGGCUCCCUCUGAAAUUUUUUCUCUUUGUAUGCUGCAACCUCUUUCUCCAUCUGCGUCCCCUCGUGACCUGGCGCUUAUGCAGGACUCAGCAUCUGAGGGGGAGAAAGACAGUUGGAGGCAGAAUGGGUGCUCUCUACACCCUGAGGAUGCCUUGUGGCACGCUCCAGAAGGUCGCCUGGUUGCGCCCCAGGCUUUGUUCCCUUACCUCGCUUGCGUGGCCCAUGGUUUGGCCCACGUGGAGGGAGGGAUGAUUGCAUCAGUGGUACGGCAUUGGUAUGCCCCAAAGUUUUCGGUCAUGGCUCAGCAAUACUGUAAUUCUUGCCUAUUUGUCUGGCACACAACAGUGGAAAACCAAUCCGGACUAGACCGGCAGCUCACCACACUCCAUGGGGACCCUUUGUAAAUAUUCAGAUUGACUUUAUAAACAUGCCAAAAUGCUGCUCCUAUGAAUAUGUGUUAGUUUUAGUAAUGUAUUUCCUUGUAAAGGCAAAUGCCAAAACUAUUGUAAAACUUUGGCAUUCCUGUGAGUAGCAACAGUGAUUGUGAACCUAAUUUUACUGGACGAAGUAUAGCAAGUUAUGUGCAGCUUCACAGAUCCAGUAUGACGAAAUGCCCUUUGAGGGCCACUCCCAAUUGAAAAACCGUAUUCAGCCCUCAUAAAAUUUCUACCAGGGCACCCAAUGCAACUACUGACAGUGCUCUGCUGGCUUUGGCUCAGAUGGACAUUUAUUUAAUAAAUAACACAAUGCUUAAUUAUUGCCAGAAACUAAUGAAAUGUGUUAGGUUUUUUAUAUACAGUAGCUCUGCCGCUUGCUGAAACCAGAAGACUGGGUCUAUAUGGAGGUCCACCAGUGAGAAACUACCUUGGCCGCAUGCUGAAAGACCCUUAUCAAAUCCUGUUGAUUACCAACGUCACUGUGAAGUGCCAAGAAUUGACUACCUGCCCAUGUUUCUCACUGUAUUGACUCUCCGACUGAUGAUCGGUCUAUCUUUCCUUCUGGUGUUGUUGCUCCUUCUGGACAGCAGGAGUGAAGGACAAGGUAAAAAAGCUGGUAAUCUCUCCUUUGUCUGCUGACAGACCCAGUGAGCCUUUGAUUCUUGCUAAGAAAACAACCUCUCCACCUGAGGACACAAUAAAGCCUCCAAGCAAGCAAGGUGAUUGUGCUAGUAACCUCUCCCUUGCGGCUUCACUGCUGGACAGCUAAGUGAAUUAAGACUAUGAAAUCUCGAAGAAUAGCUUGCGGAGGCUAGCCAAAACUACCUGAAAAUGAAACUUUUAAUGUUCCUUGACCUCUCCUCCUUAAUGAACUUGGGGUGGGGAUGAAAAAGUAAUAUUUUUCUAAAUCUUAGCCAAUCAGUGGCCUCACUAGUACACAACCAAACAUAUACCCACAGGACUUGCCUGGCCACGGGAAUAUUUUCCUGCCUGGAGGCCAUCCCCAUGACCAACAAUAUAACAUGUACCCUGUUACAAUACUCCCCGCCCAUACGACAAACCCAGAGGCCUCCCAGAGAGUUAUCUGGGUAUAUAACCAACAGUUAUGGUAUGGUUCUUCUAGAAAAAGAAACCCUGGGGGGUUCAGAUGGACUAUACUUAAUGCCAUGCUGGGAACUAUCAAAUUUACCCUGCCCUUAUCCCACUUCCAGAUCACUGCUACCUGCCCCAAUUGCUCCCGAGGGGCUGCCCUUGGGUUGGUGCAGCAGCAGGCUUUGGUGCAUCCUCCCGCCAAAGGAGGGACUUGGCCGGCUCCUUGUGGAACAGGACAAAUAGUGCCGCCUCUGUUUGGAAUAUUUACAAAAAUCAAUAGCAUGAUGAAAAAUUGAGCCAAUUGGAACAGGCCAUAGGGCUUUUUUCUGGGGCACAGGUAAGCGGUGUCGGGGCUGGUGUGGACGAAUUGCAUGUUGUCUUCACUCUUAGUGCCUUUACCCAAGAUUUACUAAAAGAAUUGAUCUUUAGUACUGCUGAGGCUGGAGAGGUAUUGCAGUGGGAUCGGGCCUGUUCUGAGAUGCAGGAUUACCUGGAUGACCAGCUGAUGGCCAUUUGGAGUGAUCUUAAGCACCAGGCCUGGCCCACUGCCCUUACAAAUGCCUUGGGCGUACCAUCCGACUUAUAACCAUGGAGACACACUUGAAAAUUUUCUGAGUGAAAAUGCUGGUGCUCACAGUGCUCCUUCCAGGCCUAUGGGCCAGUGAAAGGAGUGUGGGCUCCCCCAUACUGAAUUCUCCCGGGUCCUUGGGGGGGAUGUAUGUGGGAUUGGGUAAUCCACCGGGACAUACGAGAGGUGAGACCGCCCAAUGGGCCUAACCAGUUUUUGAUUUGCGCCCCGGAAAUAACACCUGAUAUUUGGAUAGGAUUAGGAAACCAGUGGACCUUCUUGCCAUUAUAACCCCAACAGCUUCAGUGUGUACGUAAACUGAAGCCAGGAGAAGUUGUCACAGUUAAUGACAGCUUUUGUUGGAAGGGUAUAGGACAAGAAACUACCCUGACAGGACACCUGCUUCUUUAAGCUAAUGACAGUUGUGUACUUGUAGAGGCCACCAUAUUACAAGACAUGCAUUUUCACCUCACCACUGCUGCAGGCAGUCAUAUCUUUUUUUGGCCUACCAAAAAAAAUUUGCAAUCAGCCCUUCAGCCUCAGAUACCCUUUAAUUGGACUACCCUAGUACCUGACUGGUUCCAGAAUUUGCUUGCAGUUUUUACUAGAAGUACAGAAAAUUUCUGAUUUUCAAUGGCAAAUUCAAGUACUCCAGAAUAUGUAUCAAAUUUAAAAUAAUGCUUUUUGCGUAGCCUAUAGGGUGUCCAUUAAAUGUACUAAAUAUGAUGCUUUGUGUGUAUAAGGGGAAGAGAGGAGCGGGACAGAGUGGUGAAAGAAUGAAGGAAAGUUGCUUCUGUGUGUCUAGAGGUAAAAGGAGUCACAGUGGAAAGUUCCCAAAACAGAACAAAGGGUAGAAAGAUGUGGUCAGGGCGCCAGAAAGAGGAACUGGAAUUGGAUAAAGGGAAACCAGGAGAUCUGUUAAGUUACAACAGCUAAGAUUGCUGUCGGGACUACAGAAAAGAUGGUAGAACAGUCAAACCGCAGACUUGACUGGCAAAGACAAUAACAGGAAAAGCCAUAGAUGGAAAAUUAAUUGGUCAGCUUGCUUGUUAUCAGCAUUAUAUUCCAAAUAAGGCAAAUAACAUGUGUAACCAGCAUGCUACGUUUUGCGGUUUUAACCUUUAUAAGCAAGGUAAAAUUUGUAAAAAGCAGAGCAGUUUACCUCUUGCAUGAGGUCAUGCUGUCUCUCCCUGCAUAUAUGCUUGUAUCAAAAUAAAGGAGCCUCAGGCUAUCUGAUCUAAAA